AUGGCUCGCACAGGCCCCCGCGGAGAACGUCUCACUCUCGCACAACAAGAACGGUUGCUCAAAAAAGAACUCAGAGGUCUCGGACUUCAAUUGGAGAAGCUCGAGAAGAAGGCCAAAGCGGAUGAAGCUACUCAAGAUCUACCGGAAUUAGAUGAUCAUACGUUGGAAGAGAUUUAUGAGGCGUUGAUGUUGCCUCCUCCGCCAACGAAGGAAGAGGUCAGGUUGGCGAGGUUGGAGGAUGGGAGGAGGGAGAGAGGGUUGUUGAAGAGUGAGAGAGGGAGGAAAGGGGUGUUGCCGAUUUCGGUUACGGAGGAGAAGAAGGGGAGGUUGACGAGGGAUUUGAAGCAGAGGUUACUGGAUGCUAGGGAAAAAGGGAGGGUGCUGUUGCCACCUUCUACGUCUUCGGUAAAGAAAGAAGCGGCGAGGCUGGCCGAAGUUGACUUGGAGUUGGAGGGUCAAGAGGAGGAAGUGGAUAUGGCAGCUCUUCCAUAUGCAGAACGACAAGAGAUCAGGCUGCAACAACUGUUCGCUCGUUUAGCACUCGUACACAGCACUCCUGACCCACAAACGAGUGGCGGUUCCGAAUCAUUACAGGAGGUGAAGUCAAGUCUAGCAACUCGCAUAGUAAAGAUUCUCCAAGAACACGAGUACGAAUUGCCCUCCUCCGCCCAGAAACUUCAGCCAGACAACACACAAACCUCAGAAGAUGCAACCGGAGCGGCCCAACUCCCACCGUUCAAAGAAGUUCGAUUGGACGCAAAUACUGCUUCCCUCCCCACCAGCACCAACACCGAAGGUGAUCCGCAUGCUGCGGAAGUACCCGUUCCCCGCACCAAAGCAGAGGUUGAUCUAGUAGAGAAAGCAGAAUCAAUGAUCAACAACCUCACCUCUACCGAAUCUCGUACUUUCAUGCUGGACUCCAUCGAACGAACCAUUCGCUCUGCAUCCCCUUCUUCUUCCGCCAACCCUCAACCAGCAAGUAUUCCCCUUGGAGUCGCAUCUAUUGACGAAUGGACCGCUCUCGCAGUAUCCUCUGCUCGAUCAUCCGAUUUUCCCACCCUUACUCGUACCCUUGACCUUAUGCAACUUUCCGGCUACAAACCCCCCCUCUCAACCUACAACUCCAUCUUGAACGCUUUCGCUUCUUCGGGCGACGUCGCUUCGUGCCAGACCUACCUCUACCUUCUCACCUCCCAAGGUGUAACUCCGGACGAGUACACCCAUCACACGCUAGUCAAAGCCUACGCCACCGCCCAGCAAUACCUCCCCGCAAUCCAGCUGCUUAACUCGUUAGAGAGUUCAGGUGCCCCAGCUUCAAUGGCUACGUAUACACUCCUUAUCUCCCGCCUCCUCUCCCCCACUGCCACUGUCAAGGGGGAAGAGAAACCGGAGUUACAAACCCUAGCAUGGAACCUAUUCUACCACAUGCGGCUAAACGCACACCCUAUCCCAGACGCACCACUUUACGCCCUAAUGAUCCGAGCUUGUGCACGUGGAAUCCCGCAACCAACCGAAAUCGAUACCCCCACCACUACCAGCCAAAAGGAGGGGUUUAGCGAUGCAGAACGAGCUCUUGACCUCUUUCGAGAGAUGACCACCCGAUACCACGUCAGACCUAAUGCAGAGGUGUAUAACUCGCUUAUUCUUGCGUGCGCGCGACGCAAAGACUUUUACCUCGAAGCAUUUCGCUUGCUGCGAGAAAUGGUGGAGUUAGAACUCUCCAAUCCUUCUCCCGAGACGGGGGGAGGGGUGGAGGGGAUGAUGCGUUUCGCACCGGACAGAUACACAUUUAACGCCCUACUCCAAGGCUGUGCUAGGAACAGAGAUUUAGCUCGUGCACGGUGGGUUCUGGCAGAGAUGAUCAGGACUACUUUGCCACUGUUUGAUGAUGAAGUAAGGAAGAAUCUGGGUAGAGCGGAGGUGAUGGAGUUGGUAGCGAAACGACCGGGGGAAGAAACAAUGUGUCAUAUCUUCCACACUUACGCUUCCUAUACUCCGCCUCUCAAACGCGAACAACUUCAGAUGACCCCCAGCGCUCCUCAACAAUCUGCCCCUACUCCGCCUAGCGAAGGGAACUCGAACAGCGACACGACCCAAACCGGGUCCAAAAGCGAAGCAACAUGUGUCGAACAAGGCGGAACGAGCGAACUCGCGACGCAAACCAACACCCAGCUCGAGAAAGCAAAAGAUGAUGCUGAAGAGGAAGAGACAAGUGCGGAAGAAGCAGCACAAAUAUUCUCCUCGCUCAUCCCGCAAACUUCGUCGGACUUGGUUUCGGAGGCUAGAUCUCUGUUUGCUCGUAUUCUCGCAGACCAGCCUUCUCCCUCACCUCACUCCUCCGCGGGGCUUAUCGAAGGUCCACUUGGGGGAGUUACUCCCAGCGUUCGGCUUGUAAACUCCUAUCUUACGGUCCUAGCCGCACAUUUACCCCCACAACACCGAGUCUGGGUUCUAUACUCAACUCUCUCCCCCGACCCGGAGGCUGAAUUGGAGAACGGAUUGUUCCAAAAGCUCGGCCUGGUGGCCAACGAGCACGCGUAUCGGAUUAUUCUGGAAGCUAUGCGCGAUGCAGCAGAAGGGGAGACGGGGUUGGUCAGAGAGGUAUGGGAGGAGCUCCAAUCUUUCCUAUCACACAAGCAGUCGACGGGUGGAAAAGAGGUAGUACGAAUCGAUGGAGCAAAGCAGGAAGAGAAAGUGGAUGCGAUCCAGAUCAAAAGGUGUUGGACGGCAUACCUCCAUUUUUGGGCCAAAAACAACCAUCUCUCUCCCCCGAACAACGAGGGAAAGGAUGGAUUGGAUUAUGCAGUUGAUCUCCUUAGACAGUUCUACGAUAGCUAUCCCCCCGUAGUAGAGCUGGGAAAGAGGAGCAAGAAGGCGCAAAAGCGCCAAAAGGAAGCCCUUAGGGCCUCACUACGCCCAUCGGGCGAGCUUGGAGAUCUAGAUCUCUCACCCCUACCUAUCCCAUUGCAGAGCCUUCAGACUUUACAACAACUUCAAUCAUCCGCACCUACCAAACCCGAAAAGGAAGAACAGACGGAGGUAGUGCAGGAAAGCGAAGCUGAGAGAGGAGAGCUAGAAUGGAUGCUAGGAAAGCCGACUUUAACUUUUCUGGAUGUAGAAUUGUUACAUCAUCGAUUGGUCAGGUUUGGACGGACAAAGGAUUUGGCUUUUGUCAGUUGGAUUCUGCAUAGGUAUGCUGCUGCUAAUCGCAAGCGUUAG